UGAGAUCAGUGGCAUUAAUAUCUAAAACAGUCUUCACGCCUCUCAUGGCAUCGCAAAACCGCCCUUCCCCGACCCUCGAAACCAUAGAAAACCAGCCUCAACCCGGUAUUCCGGGGAGGAUCGUGGAAAAGCUGAAAGCCAAUCUGGUAUUCCGGUCGAAAUGGGGUGAAAUAAACGGCGCAAUGGGCGACUUAGGGACGUAUAUUCCCAUAGUACUGGCUCUCACGCUCUCCAAGGACCUCAACUUGGGGACCACCUUGAUUUUCACCGGGAUCUACAACGUGGUGACCGGCCUGAUCUACGGCGUCCCGAUGCCGGUCCAGCCGAUGAAGUCGAUCGUGGCGGCGGCGCUGGCGGAUGCCGACUUCGGCGUGGCGGAGAUCAUGGCGGCCGGAAUCUUGACCGGCGGGAUCCUGUUUGUGCUGGGAGCGACGGGGCUGAUGCGGUUGGUUUACAGGUGGAUUCCGUUGCCGGUGGUCAGGGGAAUCCAGCUGGCACAAGGGCUGUCGUUUGCGCUCACGGCGGUCAAAUAUGUUCGUUACGAUCAGAAUAUGGCGAAAUCGAAGUCGCUUGGUGGGCGAGAGUGGUUGGGAUUGGACGGGCUGGUUUUGGCCAUUGUUUGUGCUUGUUUUGUCAUCGUCGUCAACGGCGCCGGAGAAGAAGAACAACAUCUACAAGAACCAACAAAAUCAGAUGUUGAAAAUGGAAGAGCAAAAGAAUCAGGAAAAGAGAAGGCGAGGAAGAUCAUAACUUCACUUCCAUCAGCUUUCAUCAUCUUCCUCCUUGGCCUCGUUUUUCUCUUCAUCCGAAGCCCCAAAGUGGUGAAGUACGUUACAUUCGGGCCGUCGCCGAUGAGCAUCGUGAAGAUCACCAGCAGCCAAUGGAAGAAAGGGUUCAUAAAGGGCACAAUCCCUCAGCUUCCUCUCUCCAUUCUCAACUCCAUCAUCGCAGUCUGCAACCUCUCCCUCGACCUUUUUCCCGGCAAGAUUUUCUCCGUCACGUCGCUCUCCAUCACCGUCGGCCUCAUGAACUUGGUCGGCUGCUGGUUCGGCGCUGUCCCGACCUGCCACGGCGCCGGUGGCCUUGCUGGGCAGUACAAGUUCGGCGGCAGGAGCGGCGGAUGCGUGGUCUUGCUCGGCACCGCAAAGCUACUCCUCGGCCUCGUGCUUGGAAGCUCUAUAGCAAAGGUUCUGAAUGAAUUUCCGGUAGGGAUUUUGGGAGUUCUACUACUGUUUGCAGGAGUGGAGCUGGCGAUGGCAGCGAGGGACAUGAACAGCAAGGAGCAGGCAUUUGUGAUGCUGAUAUGCGCAGGAGUGUCGCUGGUGGGCUCGAGCGCAGCGCUCGGGUUCUUGUGCGCGAUGGUGGUGCACGUUCUGUUGUGGCUUAGAAAAUUGGGUAGACAACAACAUCAGCUUCCUUAGCCUUUUUUAUUUUCCUAAACCAUUAUUAGUUUGCUCCUUAUAUAUCAUUAAUUGGUGAAUUUUGUAUUGUCAAAGUUUUCUUUUUAAUAAACGACUUUAGGUUAAAAAAUUAGUGUUUUAUUUUAGUACAAAAUUAGUGUUGUUGAUGGUACAAAAGUUUGUG